AUGACCCAGCUCUUCGCCUCCAGCCCGUCCUCCGUGACGAAUGAGAAACGGGGGAACUUCCCCGGUCUCUCCAAGAAGCAUCCCAACGAGUCCAGCCAUUUCCCCACGAAGAUCAAGAACUUCUUUCGCAUCAACAGUUCCGGCAGCAACUCCUCUCAUAGCUCCUCGCAACACACCCCCUCCGUCGAAUCCAAGUCCACCUUCAGACAAUCCCGAUUUCUCCCUACCAUCGGUCGUAAUCGAUCUACCACCGUCGCCAGCGAGGGGAACCCUCUCGAUGAAGGCGUCUCCCCCACUGCCACUGCAAACCCCUAUUUCGUCCAUCAAGGUCAGCCGGCCUUACAACAUCGCAACGAUGGCUCCGUCCCUUCCUCGCCCCCGGACACUCCCGAACUCCAGGUCGACGGCGUCUCGGCAACCGAGCAGGCCACCACCGCCAACAAGGAGGAGCUCGCCCGGAAACUGCGUCGAGUCGCGUCUGCGCCCAAUGCCCAAGGGCUGUUCGCCCGUGGCCAGUCUGAUGAGCGACCGCAGACCGCCGACCUGGGCAAAGAGCCCUUGAUCGAACAGUCCAGUGCCGUGGAAUCUCAGGUCAGUCUCGUCAGCGAGAAUGAUGCCCCCGGCCUCGCUGUUCCCAAGCCUGGCCCGGAUGGCAAACUGCCCAGUCCCGGUCAAAUUCGGAAUUCGGUCGCGUUCCGGAGAACGUACAGCUCCAACUCGAUUAAGAUCCGCAAUGUCGAAGUCGGCCCCAGCAGUUUUGAUAAGAUCAAACUGAUUGGCAAGGGUGAUGUGGGAAAGGUCUACCUCGUCCGGGAGAAGAAGUCCAGUCGCUUGUAUGCUAUGAAGGUCCUGAGUAAGAAGGAGAUGAUCAAGCGAAACAAGAUCAAGAGAGCCUUGGCCGAACAGGAGAUCCUUGCCACCAGCAACCACCCGUUCAUCGUCACCCUCUACCAUUCUUUCCAAUCCGAAGAUUAUCUCUACCUCUGCAUGGAAUACUGCAGUGGAGGAGAAUUCUUCCGUGCCCUCCAGACGCGCCCAGGGAAGUGCAUCUCUGAAGACGCGGCUCGCUUUUAUGCUGCUGAAGUCACGGCGGCUCUGGAGUAUCUGCACCUAAUGGGCUUUAUUUACCGUGAUCUGAAGCCGGAGAACAUCCUUCUGCACCAGUCGGGCCAUAUCAUGCUGUCGGACUUUGACCUUUCCAAGCAGUCGGGGCCGGGCGGUGCCCCUACAAUGAUCCCUGCACGAAGCGGGAACUCUACCACCUCUCUCCCCACCAUCGAUACCAAAUCCUGCAUCGCCGAUUUUCGGACCAACUCGUUCGUGGGCACGGAAGAGUACAUCGCUCCGGAGGUGAUCAAAGGCUGUGGUCAUACUAGCGCGGUCGACUGGUGGACGCUGGGUAUCUUGAUCUACGAGAUGCUUUACGGAACCACGCCAUUCAAGGGCAAGAACCGCAAUGCAACUUUCGGAAAUAUUCUUCGCGAUGAGGUCCAAUUCCCUGAGCACGCAGGGGCGCAGCAAAUUUCCAACAUUUGCAAGUCAUUAAUCCGCAAGUUGCUGAUCAAAGACGAAUUGAAGCGUCUUGGGGCCCGAGCUGGCGCCUCGGACGUGAAAACCCAUCCUUUCUUCCGCCAGACUCAAUGGGCUCUUAUCCGCCAUAUGAAGCCACCUAUGAUUCCCCAUCAAAGCCGCGGCACUGAUACCCUCAAUUUCCGCAACGUGAAAGAGAGCGCAAGCGUCGACAUUGGAGGCACCAAUACCGCCAAGUUGAAGGGUGUUCCAUUGAAUUCGGGCCUCACGACGCCGAAUGGCGAGAUCAAUGAUCCAUUCGAGGAAUUCAACAGCGUCACUCUCCAUCACGAUGGGGAUAUGUGA